AUGCGAGCGCGCUUGUUACCCGUGUUUGCUCCGCCGACAACAGCCGCGGCUGACCACACGUGGGAACGCGCGCCCCCGCCGCACGACCGCGCGCCCCCGCCGCACGACCGCGCGCCCCCGCCGCACGACCGCGCGCCCCCGCCGCGAGCGCGCGCCGCCGCAGACCGCGCGCCCCCGCCGCACGACCGCGCGCCCCCGCCGCACGGACCGCGCGCGCCCCCGCCGCACGGAUCCCGCGCGCCCCCGCGCACGACCGCGCGCCCCCGCACGCACGACUACGCGCCCCCGCUCGCUGCGCGCUCCCGUCCGCGUCCCGGGAACACGCCCCGGGCGCGCCGCCGGGGCCCACGUUUCCUGCUCCGGUUCGGGGCCUGCGGUCAGCGGGACCCGUGGCACCGGCGCCUCGGCCCGGCUGCCAACCCGCCGGCGGAGGCUGUGAGUUCCAUCACCGACCUUUCAAAGACCAAGCAGCCCAGCCCCCCGGAGAGUCCCUGCGGAAGCCCCAAUCUGAAGAAGGGCCAGAGCAGGGUCACUCCUGCCCUACAGUGA